CGAUCGAGCCCCGCCGGGGGAGGGUCCGGCGGCGGCUGCGGCGUCAGCGGCGGCGCCCGGGCGGCGGGAGCCCAGGAGCCGGAGCAAGAUGGCGUUCCGAGUGCUGCGUGCCCGUGGAGCGGCCUCGCUCGGAGGCCUCCUGCAGCGAGCCGCGCCUCGCAGCCUCCUGCCCAGGCUCCGGAGACUGACAUCUUCCAGUAACAGACCUAGAGAAGACAGCUGGCUAAAAUCCUUGUUUGUCCGGAAGGUUGAUCCCAGAAAAGAUGCUCACUCCAAUCUCCUGGCCAAAAAAGAAACAAGCAGUCUAUACAAGUUACAGUUUCACAAUGUGAAGCCGGAAUGCCUAGAAGCAUACAACAGAAUUUGUCAAGAGGUGUUGCCAAAGAUUCAUGAAGAUAAACAUUACCCUUGUACUUUGGUGGGGACUUGGAACACGUGGUAUGGCGAGCAGGAUCAAGCUGUCCACCUCUGGAGGUAUGAAGGAGGCUACCCAGCGCUCACAGAGGUCAUGAAUAAGCUCAGAGAAAAUCAGGAAUUUGUGAAUUUCCGCAAGGCAAGAAGUGACAUGCUUCUAUCCAGGAAGAAUCAGCUGCUGUUGGAAUUCAGUUUCUGGAAUGAGCCUGUCCCACGGUCAGGACCGAAUAUAUAUGAACUCAGGUCUUACCAGCUCCGACCGGGAACCAUGAUUGAAUGGGGCAAUUACUGGGCUCGAGCGAUUCGCUUCAGACAGGACAGCAAUGAAGCCGUUGGAGGCUUCUUCUCUCAGAUUGGGCAGCUGUACAUGGUACAUCACCUCUGGGCUUACAAGGAUCUUCAGACCAGGGAGGACAUCCGGAACGCCGCCUGGCAUAAACAUGGCUGGGAAGAACUGGUGUACUACACAGUCCCGCUUAUUCAGGAAAUGGAAUCCAGAAUUAUGAUCCCGCUGAAGAACUCGCCCCUGCAGUAGAGCUACGGAGUUCCUAUGUGCCUACACACAUUGACGUGACAAAUAUCUGACAUCACUUAAUGUUAACUGUGUAUCAAGUCGGAAAAGAAAUGCUCAUGUGUCUGCUGCUGUAUAUAGCUUCAGAGAGACCUCUUUUCUUUGAAAUUGACAUGAUUGCAAGAAAGGAAACUCUGGCAUUUGGGUGGAUGGUCGGCAGUGCUCUAUAGACAUCUUUGAAACACCUCCUUGGUGGUCGAGCUUCCCGGAUAAUACUCUGCCAUUUCUCCCCACUCUCUGGGAAAAGAGAGCCCAGAUUGAAAUCUGAAACCUCUCUAAAUCAGACCCCAACCC